AUGGUCCUCCUCGUGGCGACAGAUCGCAUCCUCACAGCUCUCAAUGCUGUCCCGGCUUCGAGCCGCCAGGAUCUUGAACUACCGACUGAGCUCGAGCUCCACGGCCCAAUCGCUCAUGAGCAACUCCUCCGUCUAUCUAAACACCUCCAAGACACCAACUACACCCCAGACUCGACCAACCACGCCUCCACAAUCCUCAACACGCUCCUCCGCGGCACGAAAGUCUAUGUGCCACCACCUCUCAAAAAGCCCGAACCCAGCCCCGAGUACCUCGCCUCAAAAGCGCGCCUCCUUGCCGCCGCCGAAAAACAAGCCUACCAGCGCCUCCUCAACCCAGCCUACACACCGACCCCAGACCAUGCCGACCCGCACUCUACCCUCGCCGCCACCGACUCCAUCUCCGCCGAAGACACCCUGACGCCCUCGCUCGUGGUGAACAUCUUUCUCUCAGUGCUGAUCACCGGCUUCAGCGUGUACUGGGCACUAACGAAAUUCACGAUGCCGGCAAUCCUGGCCGUGCGAUUCGCGGCAUGGACGGGGCCGCGCGGAGAUGCGGCGCCGUCGGGCGGAGCGUCGGACGCGGUGCGCGUGCUGGUCUCGCUGUUUGCGGCGCUAACGGUCGCCGUCGCAGAAUCGUUCUUGUAUUUUGCGUAUUUGGGGAAGGUGGAGAGGGCGCGGGGAAAGGAGAGGAGAGUGAAGGAGCGGAAGGAGUUUGUGGGGGUUGUCGAGGGAGUCGAUACGUGGGAGGAAGUCAGGGUGGAUGAGAGGGAAGAGAUAAAAGAGGAGAUUUGGGGGAAGGGAGUAAAUGGAGGCGUGCGGAGGCGCGUGCGGGAGAAGUGGGAGAAGGAGAAUGAAGAGAAGGAGAAAGAGAAGGAGAAAGAGAAGGAGGAUGAGAAGGGUGGGAAGAGCAAGAGCUUAUGA